CAUUCAUAAUAUUGUACUUGAGGAAGUGGUAGCGCACUGCGCCUGCGCUGUGUGCCGGUGUCAAUGGCGAAAUGUAAACAACUGGAAUUGGAGGCAGUUUCGCUUAAGAACUAAUAUUCUUCCAGUAGUUCCAGUUUUAAUGAGCUGAUACUAUCAGACGAAAGCCAUGGUGACUGAGGAGUCGGCAGAGCCUCUGAAGAAGCCCCCGCCGCCCUUCAAAUCCUCCACAUUUCAACAGGCUUUCCGGCCAAUCAGCCUGUCAGGAAAGAAGCGAACCUGGAAGUCCCUGAAGCAGGUUCUCGCCCAAGAGCGCACGUUGCCCUGGCCCGGGGAGGCUGUUCAUUACAGUUCAAUCAAUGCUCCACCGAGCUUCAAACCUGCCAAAAAAUACUCAGACAUCUCGGGAUUACCGGCACGCUAUACAGAUCCCCAGACAAAGUUGUACUACGCAACAGCCGAGGAGUUUUCAACAGUGCGUAGCCUCCCCAUGGACAUAACAGCUGGCUACCUCGCCCUUCGUGGGGCCUCCAGUAUCGUAGGUUAAUACCCUCGACAAUUGUAAAUUUCCUCAAUCAAACGCCAGUUAAUAAUCCAUCAAUGAUUAUUCUCUCAUCCUCAUUCGUAUCAAUAAACCUUUCACUUUGAUAUUUUUCCAUUAUAUUUUACACAUUCAAUUCAUUAGAACAAGCUUGCUCAUUACAAUUUAAUAAAUCUUAAUUAAUUACGAGUCUA